AUGAAAUUUUUAACUCUGAAUUUGUUAUAUUUAAUAGUUCAAUGCUAACCAAACCAACAUUAAAGUGAUAGCAAUGACCAUGUAUCCGAUUAACACUCUUAUAACGACGAAUAUUAAUUUAACCCAAUCGAAGAAAAUAAUCCAAUAGAUCUUGAAUAAUUAGUUUACACAAUUCUAAUAUUCUUAGGAAUGUUUAUUAUUUAUCGAUCAAGAAUAUUUAAAUCUAAAAAUCAAACAAAUAUUGAUAGGAAUAAUAAUGAUUUUAAUUUAGAUGAAUUGAAAUAAAGAUUGGAUAGCAUAGCCUAAAAAUUACAAAAAGAAAAUAUGAAUUUGACUUACAGCUUUAAUUAAUAAUGGGUCGAAUAGAAAGUGAAAGAAGUUUCAGUUUAAUAACAUUUUGAUAGAUUAAAUUUCCAUCUUAAAGGUUCAGAUUGUUAUGGAUCUUGGGUCUAGAUAGGUGUUAUUCAUAUUAGUCAAAAUAAUCAAAUUGAAACAUUUUCUAGAAAAAUGUACGAUGAUUCUUCAAUAAAUGGUGGGGAUGUAUUGAUUUAUUAAGGAUAAUUUGAUGAUUAAGUUUUAUCAUGUAAAGGAUAUUGGUACUAUCUUGAAAGUAAGGAAAAAGGAGAAUGGUUGUUAAAAUUUACAUGA